ACUGCGUCCAGCAGGGGGCAGCACUGACGCAUCCACGUCUGCUGGAGAAUCUGGAAAAUUCAAAGAGAAAAAUACUUUCUGUGCAAAAGGAAACUAAACUUCUGAGGAUAAAACCAGAGAAGAAGAAAAGACUGAAUUUUGGCCCCUGAUGAGUUUUCUCUGAAACUUGAUUCUUGAUUUUAUGAUUUUACAGAAAUCUUUUUUCAGCUUCUUUAAAAACUUUGUGGUCUCAUUAUGAUGUCAGCUGUGAUGUCAGAACUUGAGCAGCUGACUGAUGUGUGAUGACAUCAGCUGUUUGAGCAGUGUGUGUGUGUGCAGCAGGCAGCGGUCGCACACACGCGCAGCCGCUGCCGACAGAAAGACACCGAAGCUGCAGGAUGGAUGUGACGUCACACCACUGUGUCGCUGACAACAGCCAAUCAGAAUGCAUCUCAGAGCACCCAAAAGCCAAUGGGAAGCUCCCACAUUGCGGCACAGGUGAGGCUCCGCCCCCUCUCUCUGAUAGGUUGGACUCAUUGAUGGACAGCUCCUCCUCUUCCAAUGACAUCUUUCAACUUCUCCAGCAACAGAAACGUGAGGACUGUUCUGCUCCCAUCUGCAGUCCUCCUCCUCCUUCUUGCCCCUCCCCCUGUAACGGACGUCAUCAUCAGAGGACCAAACAGAAGUGUUUAUCCUCCCCUAAAAGCCACGCCUCCUUUAGGACGGAUGCAGCACAAAUUAAGGAAGUAGCUGGAGAUGACUGCUGUGUUCACUGCCUGCUGGCCUGCCUGUUCUGCGAGACGCUGUCCAUGUGUUCGGCUGUCGGCGAGUGUCUGGCGUGCGGAGUGGGCGGAGCCGGAUGCUGCGAUGUUGCGGUCAGCUGCUGCUGCGUGGAGGCGGCCUGCACGGAGGAGGCGUGUCAGGCCGUGUUGGAUUGUGGGAUGUUGGAGAACUGUUGCAGCUCCUCCGACUGCCUGGAAGUCUGCCUGGAAUGCUGCUCCAUCUGCUUCCCGUCGUAGAUCAGCCAAUCAGAGGAGGACUACACGAUGAUGUCACAGAGUGACAGAGAACUUUUUCUACUUUUUGCCGGAUUCUUCUGGUUCUAGGCCGGUCCUCCGGUUCCACAGAACCUAAACCCUGCAGAAACCCGCAGGUUUCUCCAGAAUCAAACCAAUUCCAUUUGACAGCAUUCCCAAACAAGUCUGAGAACUGUUCUGGGACCAUCUGGAGGUUUUGGUUCUGGUGUCGUCUGAAAACUGGUCCAGAACGUCGUCCUGAAACAGUCUGAGUGUCUCUGAGAUGAGAUUAAACUCACAGGUGUGUCCAUCCGAGUGUCCUGGUGACUGCGUCUGACAGCUGGAAAACCAGAUCAGGACUGGGAUCAGUAUAUCAGGAUCAAACCUGUCUGAAGUCUGGCCUAGUCCUGGUUCAGAACUGAACCUUUUGUCUGUUGUCAUGACAACUGCAUCUCUGCUGGACAUCCUGGACUGAAGGAAUAUAACAACGUCUCAGACCCACAAACUGCAGCCAUGUUGCUUCAUGCAGGACUUAGACGGGUUCAGAAACUUUAUUUAUCCCAACGUUGGCAUGCAGCCAGACCCCUUCAUUAAUAAACCGACUCAGACCGCAGUCAGCCCACAACACCAGCAGCAGCCUGUAAGCUUCACCCACUCCUCAGCUCUUUAAAGGCCAUUAAAUGAAAAUAAAUUAAAAGUGUUAAAUUGAUAGAAGUUGCUGUCAGAGUUCAGCACCCUAGAAGUUGAAGGAAUCUCUGUAUGUUUGUUCUCCCAGAGGGCUUCAGGGAGAAUUCCCUCACCAGUUCCAGGUCAGGUUGGAUGCUGAUGAUCCCAACCUUCUGGACUGGGAUUUUCUCCCAGAGACAGCUCAGGCCUUCCUGCUGGACUCCAGUAACCCAGAGCAGACCUGAACAGCAACACACAGUCACUUCCUGUCCAGUCUUUAAGCAAAUGAGAAGAGGAAGAAAUAACGUUCUGCUGUAGUUCUGGACCAUCUGAACCCCUUCAGCAUGAAACCAACUGGAUUUAUUCAUCAUCUUAAAAUCAAUGAUGAAUGUGUUUGGUUCGCUAAGUCCUGAUCUCUGCAGCAUUUCCACAGCAACCGUAUCCUGACCUGCUAUCAGCUGGAUAGCAAUAUCUCAUCAGCUAAGUGACAGUGUGACAUCAUAUCAUGAUGUCAUAGCAGCGCAGCAUCUUCCUUGCAUUAUAACGAAGAAGAAGGCGACCCAGAACGAAAGGAGGAGGAUGGUGGACAUCCAGCAAGUUUUUUCUUCUCGUCAUGUGGCUUUAAACAACCAUAAAUCCUCCGUAUAUUUAAACAUGCAGCUGUUCCUGCUUUGUUUUUGUUGCUGACACACACAGGAAGUGAUGAUUCUUUCCACCAAUCAGAGGAUGGCAGGAUGGGACAGUCCUAAGGGGAACCAGGAUGUAAAGUUAACAUAAAUAACAUGCAUUGAUUAAUAAAGACCUGCUGAAAUCUGCUUAUUAAAACAAAGUAAGAAUAAAAUGUGAUGAAGAU